AUGAGUUCCAAGAAGAGCUACAAGACAGUCCUGCUGGGUGAUGCCUCCGUGGGCAAAUCCAGCUUCGCCGUGCGCCUGACGCGUGGCGAGUUCUCGGACAGCACGAACUCCACCAUCGGCGCGGCGUUCUUCACGCACACGGUCCGCUGCAGCGUGCCUGCUGCAGCAGGCGCCGCAGACAGCGCCGCGGCGCCGCGCGACCGUGCAUCGCAACCGGGCCGUGACCAGGCCUCCGGGCGGGGCGUGCCCGGCGCUUCAUCGUAUUCGCCCGACGAUGCCCCGGCGGGGCAGGUCAGCGUGAAGUUCGACAUCUGGGACACCGCGGGCCAGGAGCGCUUCAAGAGUAUCGCACCCAUCUACUACCGCGGCGCGGCGUGCGCCAUCGUAAUCCUGGACGUCUCCUCAUCGCAGAGUCUGCAGCAUGCUGCUUCGUGGGUGAACCAGCUGCGCGUCGCGAACUCCAACGAGACCAUCGUGGUGCUGGUGGCCAACAAGGUGGACCUGCUGGGCGCCAACGAGGAGCACGCGCGCACGCUGGAGAACGCGCGCUCCUACGCGCAGGAGCAGGCGCUGCUCUUCGUCGAGACCAGCGCCAAGACCGGGCAGAACAUCUCGGCGGUGUUCGAGAUGCUGGCCCAGGAGAUCCUGCGCAACCCCAAGCGCUUCGAGCACCCCUCCGCUUCGAAGGCCUCGAGGGCGCUGAAUGUGAACGAGUCGAGUUCGCGUAUGAUAAAAUUGAACUGCUGUGACAGCGCGUGA